AACAACAACAGCAGCAGAAGAAGGAGCAACAACAACAACAACAACAAGAAACAGCAUCGCCAGAAGCUCGCACACCAGCACAACUUCUACGUGCCAGUCGGUGUACGUGUGUUGUGCGUGUGUCUGUGUGUGUGUCUGUGUCCGUGUCCGUGUACGUGUACGUGUGUGUAUAGCAAUGUAUUGGACAUCCCUUUCGUUUUGUUCUUUGGUGUGCGUCGUUUGGUUGUGUCUAGGAUGUGGCGAUUCAACUCGCGUAUUUGCUGAGCAAAUCGGUGCAGAUAAUGGAGGAGAUGAUAUAAGAUGGCUAACGAAGAGCACCCAGGAACAUCAGAACUGGCAACAUCAGCAAGGCCAAUUGCGUUCGGCAAACAAGCCAACGAAUCAUCGGGCCAGCCAUGAUGUAGAGGUGUUGCCCCCCAGUGGAGAGGAUCACGAUUCCGAUUCAAUUUCCGAUACAUCGCCCCAACACAAGCACGAUGACGACGACGAUGCCGAAAGUCAAGAAGACGGCGAAGAUAAGCUUUAUGGUCAAGUGUUUACCUUGGAGCCGACUGUACCAAUUAAGUCAGGUGGAAAUGCCGGAGCAACUAGUACAGGUGACACGCCCAAAUUCCGAAAUGUGGGUGCUCAAGGCGGGCGUAGUGAUCUCUAUGGGGUGCGAGAAUCCGAUCGGCAGUCGAACACAAGAGGACGCGAUGGCUUCAUUGGUGCGGCGAGCAACAAGCAAAAGAGCUUUCGGCCCUUCGCCCAUCGGGGUGUCGUUCACGAUGAUCCCAGCCAAUUGGGCCAGCCUGGUGAGGGGUAUAGUGCGCCGCCCUCGGAUUGUCAAAAUCCCUGCGAUGAGCUACAGUGGCAGUGCAGCAAUUGUCAGUGCAUCGACCUGCAUGCGCGGUGUAACCGGGAAGUGCAGUGCACUGAUGGGUCCGACGAGUACGAUUGCGACAACAACGGAGAUAUGAUGUCCAAGCUGCAGAAGGAAUGCGAACAGAGCGGGCUACAUGUGAUGUGCCCCAAGACAUUCCGGUGCAUCAAUAAGGAAUGGCUUUGCGAUGGCGACGACGAUUGCGGUGACUACUCCGAUGAGACACACUGUGGGGCUCGCACGAAUUGUACGGAGGAUCAAUUUGAAUGCCAAAAUGGAUUCUGCAUUCCCAGGCCAUGGCUUUGUGAUGGUGAAAAUGAUUGCAAGGACUUCUCGGACGAGGCGCAUUGCAACCGAACUAGCUGCACAGAGGAGCACUUCGCAUGCAAUGAUGGAUAUUGCAUCUCGUUGGCCUUCCGCUGCGAUGGAGAGCGAGAUUGCGAUGACAAUUCGGAUGAGUACAAGUGCGCCGCAGUGAUCAAUAGCUGUCCGGAAGGUGAAUUUAAGUGCCGCGGCGGUUUGGGUGGAGCCGGAGGGCCCAGCGGACAAUGCAUUCUGAAUCGCUUUCGAUGCGAUGGAGAUAACGAUUGCGGCGACUGGAGUGAUGAGGAGAACUGCCCACAAAAGCCAUCCCAAUGCACAUCGAAUGAGUACAAAUGCACCGAUGGCACAUGUAUUCCCAAACGCUGGAAAUGCGACAAGGAGCAGGAUUGUGAUGGUGGCGAAGACGAGAAUGAUUGUGGCAAUAUGAGCUCGGAACAUUCCUUGACCUGUGGUCCCGAUGAAUUCACAUGUCACAACGGACGUUGCAUUUUGCGCACAUGGCUAUGUGAUGGUUACCCAGAUUGCUCCUCAGCUGAAGACGAAGUGGAUUGCCAUCUCCAGUGUGAUGCUGGGCAAUUCCUCUGUCCGGCAAAGAAAAACAUAACCAACUUGAAAAUCUGUGUCCAUCAGAAGCAUGUAUGCGAUGGUCAAAAUGAUUGCCCACUCGGAGAGGAUGAAGUCAACUGUCCCGAAGAGCAAAUCUGUCCCGACCACAAACAGUGCGAACAACUUUGCAUAAAAACAGCUCGAGGACGUGACGAGUGUGCCUGUCGACUUGGUUAUCUCAUGAACGAGAACAAAGUCAACUGCACGGACAUUGAUGAGUGCCAGUACCUGACCAGCCCGGUGUGCUCCCAGAAAUGCCACAACACCCAAGGCUCGUUUGUAUGCUCCUGCGAAUCGGGAUACAUACUCCGACCCGAUCUGCGGACUUGCAAGGCUCUGGGUGGUGCCAUGACCCUGCUGGUGGCCAAUCGAUGGGACAUAAGACGUGUGACUUUAAGCAACAACCGAUACACGGCCAUUGUUAAGGGUCUGCACAAUGCCAUAGCCUUGGACUUUCAUCAGCGGAAAGGUUUACUCUUUUGGUCAGAUGUCUCCACCGAUGUCAUCAAGAUGGUAUACAUGAACGGGACCCGUGUACGGGAUGUUAUCAAGUGGGGCUUGGAGUCGCCUGGUGGCAUUGCUGUUGAUUGGAUACAUGAUCUACUCUUUUGGACCGAUUCGGGAACACGUCGGGUCGAGGUGUCCAAUUUUCAAGGGAAUCUCCGCACCGUGAUCGCAUCGAAUGAUUUGGACAAGCCGCGUGCCAUUGUGAUUCAUCCGGGCGAGGCAUUGGCAUUCUGGAGCGACUGGGGACCGAAUCCGAAAAUCGAACGAGCCCAUAUGGAUGGAUCGCAGCGGCAGGUUAUUAUAUCGAAGGGUGUCACUUGGCCCAAUGGUCUGGCUAUCGAUUAUCCGAAUCACAAAAUCUACUGGGCGGAUGCCAAGCAACAUGCCAUCGAAUGCUCCAAUUUGGAUGGUAGCGAUCGCAUCAAAAUUCUCAGCACCCACUUGCCACACCCGUUUGCGUUAACCAUAUUCGAGGACACCAUGUAUUGGACUGACUGGAAUACAAAAACCGUAUCGGCGGCAAAUAAGAUAAAUGGCAAAGGUUUUCGAUCAGUUCACGAGAAUUUCCAUUUCCCGAUGGACAUACACGCCUAUCAUCCGGCCCGGCAACCUGACUAUCCGGAUCGCUGUCAGAAGGAUCGGCGGGGCCUACGUGGAGGCUGCUCCCAUUUAUGCCUGCCAAACAAAACGUCUCGUCGUUGCGGCUGCCCCAUCGGACUCUCCCUUAAGGAUGACGGCAAGACCUGCAAGAGUGCCGCUGACAAGCUCGUCCUUGUGGCUCGACGCAAGGACAUUCGACUGCGACAACUGAACAACAAGCCAGCUGAGCCCAACGAAAUCGAUAUGAUUGUGCCACUCGACAAUCUGAAGCAUGCUGUGGCCCUAGACUGGUGCAGCGACACAGACUUCAUCUAUUGGACUGAUGUGGAGCGUAGCUCCAUAAACAAGGCCCAUUUGAAUGGCAGCUAUCAGCAGCGUGUUGUCCACUCGAAUUUGGUAUCGCCUGUGGGAUUGGCACUGGACUGGAUCACAGACAAAUUGUACUGGACCGACCCGUCCACCAAUCGCAUUGAGGUGGCGACCACCAAUGGAAAGAUGCGAACUCUGCUUGUGUGGGAAAAACUGGACAAGCCCCGAGAUAUUGUUGUGAAUCCCAUCGAUGGACUUAUGUUCUGGUCAGAUUGGGGCGAGGAGGCAAUGAUUGAGCGGGCCAAUAUGGAUGGACAUAAUCGUGUUAUAAUCUCGUCAAAGAAACUCAUAUGGCCAAAUGGACUAGCCAUCGACUAUGACAAGAGUAAACUUUAUUUUGUAGAUGGCGGCACCAAGACAUUGGAGAAUAUGAAUUUUGAUGGCACUGGCCGUAAAAUUAUCAUAAAUAAUCUUGGGCAUCCCUUCGGGUUGGAUGUUAGCGACGGACGUGUUUACUGGACCGAUUGGGACACAAAGUCAGCUAUGAGCGCCGAUAAGUUAACUGGAAAGGGAAUUAGCACAGUUAUUGCCAAUAGCAGCGAUCUCAUGGACAUUCGAGUCUUCCAUCGAACCAGAAGGCGUGUCUUCAACGCCUGUGACAAACAGAACGGCGGCUGUUCCCAUCUCUGUCUCCUGAAUCCGACCAGCUACACUUGCGCCUGUGCAGUCGGCGUACAACUGCGUGAGGAUAAGCGCACCUGCUCGGAGGGACCCACAAAGUAUAUACUCUUCGCCCAUCGGAUCGAUAUAAGACAGAUCUCGUUGGACUUUGAUCAUCUGAUUGAUGUAGUCCUACCCUUGCCGCCCAUUUCGAAUGCGGUGGCAUUGGAUGUCGAUAGGGCAACUGGUUACAUCUAUUGGUCGGAUACGAUUGAAAAUGUCAUCAUGAGCUCCAGCCCCGAUGGUCUGCACGUGCACAAAGUCAUUGGGGAGAGCCUAGAGAAUCCGGAUGGCUUGGUUGUCGACUCAAUUGGUCGUACGAUUUAUUGGGCGGAUGCUGGUCGUCAUACCAUCGAAGUGGCCAAUCUUGAUGGCAGUAAUAGGCAUGUGAUUGCCUACAAGGAUCUCGAAUCGCCACGCGGUCUGGCUCUGGACUAUGAAGCUGGUCUUCUCUUUUGGACUGACUGGGGGCAUUAUCGGAAAAUAGAACGAUCUCAUCUAGAUGGCAACGAUCGCUCACGCAUUGUGACUGCAAAUCUCGGCUGGCCGAACGGUCUGUCACUAGAUCUGAAAAGCAAACGCAUCUACUGGGUGGAUGCGCGACUCAAGACCAUCGAUUCGUGCGACUACACGGGCAACCAAAGAAAGUUGAUUAUGUCAUCGCUACACCAUCCAUAUGCCCUGUCACUCACGGAGGACUAUAUCUAUUGGACAGACUGGAAGUCGAAGGCUUUGCACAUGGCUGACCGACGUAACAUUAGCGCCAAGCGAGACGUCAUGACCAACAUUGAUGGUCUAAUGGAUAUCAAAGUGAUAACCAAACAUCAACCACUGGCCGACAAUGUUUGCGGCCGUAAUAAUGGUGGCUGCUCUCACCUUUGCCUACGGAAUCCCUCCGGCUUCACUUGCCAGUGUCCCAUUGGCCUGCGAUUGCGCGAGAAUAGCACCACAGAGUGUCAAAAUCUUCCAGACGACUAUCUGCUGAUUGCUUUGCGUUCCGGCAUUGGUAUGAUCUCGUUAAAUAGUGGGGACUACAUGGACGUGGUGUUGCCCAUUAGCGGAGUCCAUGGAGCCGUCGUGCUCGAUUAUCACUAUCGGAAUAACUGGCUAUUCUUCGCCGAUGUCAAUCUGGACGUUAUCCGUCGAGUCAAUUUGCUCAACUUCACUGACAACAAGGUGAUUGUGAGUACCGAUUUGUUAACGCCGAAUGGCAUUGCUGUCGACUGGAUCGCCGAGAAUCUCUACUGGUCCGACACCGAUCGCAAAGUGAUUGAAGUCUCACGACUCGAUGGUAGUUGCCGCAAGAAACUCAUCGAAGAUGGUUUAGGGGAUCCUCGUUCACUCAUAGUGCAUCCAAAGAAGGCUUACCUGUUUUGGUCCGAUUGGGAUUCACCUUCGAAAAUUGAACGCAGCUACUUGGAUGGUUCCAAUCGCACAGCAAUUGUGACCUCUGGAGUGGGUUUCCCUACUGGUCUAACCAUUGACUUUACCAAUCGUCGAUUACUUUGGGCCGAUGCACUCGAUGACAAUAUUGGACAGGUUGACUUUAACGGAAAACGCCGUCAGACAAUCGUUCCCUAUGCACCGCAUCCAUUCGGUUUGACCAUGUUGGAAAACAACAUCUAUUGGACUGAUUGGUACAACAAAUCGGUUUAUCGCUCACAACGUGCCCCUCGCAUUGGCUAUAGCAAUCCAUUCGAGGUCCGAGAUGCGUUGAGUGGUGCCCUGGACAUACGUGCCGUAUCGAUACACCGUCAGGCCAAGAGCUGGAACCAAUGCGCCCAGGACAAUGGUGGCUGUUCACAUCUAUGCUUCUAUCGGGCAACCGACUAUGUGUGCGCCUGCCCGGAUAGGCCGGACUUCAACAACAAACGUCCAUGCUCCACCAAGCCAAAGGAAUUGGUACAAACACGUUUGGAGAGUGAUCAGCAACCGGAAUAUUCGGAUGAGUUUACCGACGAUUCGACGCCGCCCGAUCCAGAUGAUGGCAUUAAUGACGUGGGUGACGAAGAAGAUAGCCCAGUGGACAAUGAACGUGAAUUCUUUGUCCUCGUUGCCCUCGGUGUCGUCAUAGUCAUGGUUGUCAUCAUUGUGCUGGUUAUCUUCAUGCUUGCAUUCAACACAAAUCGCAAAAAGUCGAAACGUAACUCACGCGGUUCCAGCCGAUCUGUGUUGACCUUCUCCAAUCCGAAUUACAAUGUCGAUGGCACACCCAUGGAACCAAAGACAAAUAUAUGGAAACGUUUUAAAUACGAUAAAAAUCAUGAACGCCCGGGAGUCUAUGAGGAGCGGAGCCUGACGACGGAGACAGCAUCUUCCAGCUUAUUCGUGCCGACUCCGUCGCCAUCAACGAAGACAAUGCAAUUGACAACGCUGUCGACUAUCACAUAAAUUCCUGUAUGCCGUGUAAACACAACAACUAACAAAAAGACAACAAACAAACAAAAAAAAAAGAAAAAAAAGAAAAAAACCAAAAAAAAUAUUACCAGAAUACAAAAACAAACAAAAAAAAAUACAAAAAAAAGAAGAAACUUUUAGCAAAAUAUGCGUUCCCCUCCCUCUCCCCAUCACCCUAUACCAACAAAUCCCUUAACUAAUGAAAAUACUAUUCUGUAACGAUAGACGAUAAAAAAAAAAAAAUUAUAUAUGUGUAUAUAUAUAUAUAUAUAUAUAUAUAUGUAUACAUAUGAAUCUUAAACUGUUUAUAGGGAGACGCCAUGGACUCGUUUCCCCAUGGACAUAUUUUUUAGUUUUGAUUUGAAAGCUGUUAUGUCAACGAGAGAGACUUUAAAUACCUCUAUGCACUUAUUGAAAUUAGGCAUUUUGUCAGUCUUGCGCUUACUGUUCAGAGAUGGCAAAUGGCUACAAAUGCAUGUACAUACAUACAAACUUAAAAACAAAAACAAAAACGACAAAAAAGUAAAAAUUAAAAAUUAACAAACAAAAAAACAUUUAAACAUACAUACAUACACAAGCAUACAUACAUACAUACAUACAUACAUAUAUCUUCAGUG